GAUAGCAUGCGUGUGAAUGCACGUGAGGUCACAACCUCUACCAUAAUUGAAAAAAUAAAACACAAACUGUUCAAGAAUGACAAGUACAAUGUUGUGAAAGGAAAGCUUGUGCUUUACGUAGACAAGGAGAGAGGCGUGAGACACCACUUCCCCGAUGAGAUAAAUUGGAACGAGAAAACCUCAUUUGAGAUUGUUGAUGGUGAUAUCAUGUUCAAGAACACCAGAUUAAAAUAUAAGGGUAACGCAGAACGUAAAGGAAAUAUCAGCGUGCGAACUAUGGUAGAUCGCUUGCAACGUGAGAAAAAAGAGAUUCCAAAUGGCCGAGUGAAUGUGGUGGUCAGACACAUGCCAGGUGUAAAAUCUGUUGGUGAGAGAAUGAUCCUAUCUGCAGAAUACAAUCCUGAAAAAGACAUGAUCGACACCUUCUACUACAUCAACAAGUUCAGCUCUUUCAUCGAAUCUUGCCUGAACAUCGAUGAGAAAGAAGCAUCAGAUUUCCUCAUCGAUUGCUACAAUUCUGUUACCGAUUCUACCGUCAAGAAACGAAGAUUAAAAAAUGAUAACACAAAUGAUACUCUGGCAGAAUCAAGCAAACGAAAAAAGAAAAAUGAUACAAAUAAUAACAUGCAAAUAUCAACAAUGAGUUUAUUUUUUAGUGGAAACUAUAGCGAUC